AUGACAAGUACAGUCGCAUCUUCAAAGCUGAAGCUGAAAUUUAAUGGGCACACAGAAAGAGUGACAGAUUUAAAAAUACAGGAGGAGAAUGGAAAGAAGGUUCUAUACACAGCCUCAAGAGACAAGAGCAUAAAGGGAUGGGAAUUUGUAGCAGACACAACAGGAGAAGUAUUCGCAAAGCUCUCAAAGGUGUUCAAUGGGCACGGUGGAUUUGUAAACUCCAUCUCUCUGGCAAAAUCCGGAAAGUACCUCAUCUCAGUGAGCGCAGACAGCACAAUCCGAUCAUGGCCUAUUUCCAGCGAAGAGACCAAGAAGCACGCAAAGCACAGCGAGAAGGCAUACUGCGUACUGGCCCACUCCACUGGAGCAGACGAGUCUGCAGAGGAGUACAUUUUCACAGGAGGAGUGACCCCAGUAUUAAACAUCUGGAAUGCAUCCCUUGAGCUGAAGAAGAAGCUGAAGAGAGAGGACGACGAGACUGCCUCCAUCACUGUUAUUAAGGCCAUCCCAAAGAAGCCAGAGCUAGUGAUAUGCGCAUACACAGAUGGAGCUAUUGUCAUCUGGAACAUAGAAACAGGAACAGUUGAGAGCGCAAUGAAGGGACACUCCUGCAUCAUUGACUCUCUGGUUGUCAGCCCAGAUGGCUCUCUGUGCGCCACUGCUGGAAGAGACAAGACUGUCCUUCUGUGGGAUCUCAAGGAAAAUGGAUCUAACAGAUGCGAGAUCUCAGUGGGAGACGCAGUUAACUGCCUGGAGUUUGCACUCUCUGCAUACUGGCUGGCUGCAGGAACUGAAACAUCAAUUAUAAUAUGGGACAUUCUCGCACGGGAUGUGGUAGUUGAAAUUCCACACCCAGAGGACUGUAAAGGAUCAUGCACUGCAAUUGCAUGGCUCGAUGGUUUCACUUUGGUGGCUGGAUACUCAGACGGAUCAGUCAGAAAGUACACUAUUGCUAUUGAAUAG